UUUAUCCCCCCAAAGGAUAUCCAUUUGGUGGUUAAUGGUAGCCCGCACUUUUCAAGCAGAUAAAAUCAAUACAGCCCAAAACUUCUUCACUUGAGAACUACUAUGGCAAUCACUGCAAAGUUCAAUGGAGUAUUUGAAGCUCCACCUUCAAUUCCUAAGUUGCGCCGGGUCGAGAAAACUGCGAGAAAAUCGACAAUUACAUGCUUUUUUGGCAAGGAAAAGGAUGAAUUCGAAGACAACAAAGUGCACACAACAAGAAGAUUGGCAAUAGGCCUUGCUUCAAUUGCACUCUUUGGAAAUACAAGCAUUAGAGUUUCUCUUGCAGAGGACAAUGGAUUUUGGCUCACAGGACCUUUACCAGUACCCUCUGUUAACAACAAAAUUAACAAUGAAGAGACAGGAACUCGGUCUUUUCUCAAGAAAGGAAUAUACAUAGCAAAUAUUGGAACUAAAGGGAGAAUGCACAGAUUGAAACGUUAUGCUUUCGAUCUCAUAGCGUUGGGAGAUAUGAUAGGACAAGAUACUUGGAAUUACAUAAGAAAAUAUCUGCGCCUUAAGUCGACAUUUAUGUACUACGAUUUUGAUGAAGUAAUCUCCGCAGCACCAGCAGACGAUAAGAAAUCUCUUACAGAACUUGCUAAUCGUUUGUUCAACAAUGUUGAAAAGCUUGAAGAUGCAGUGAAAAAGCAGAAUCUUCCUCAGACAGAGUCAUAUUAUGCAGAUACAACUUCAAUUCUCCAAGAGGUUAUGAAUCGAAUGGCAUAAAUGUACAACAGGUGCAUCUUUCAAAUUAGAUGCAUUUCAAAAAGCAGUUAAGUAAGAACGUAGAUUUCAUUUUGAAUAAUUUUCCCAUUCAAUUACAGAUUGCAUUUGAUUUUAUGCAACAAAUUUGUAGAGAACAUUAAAUAUCCAGUGUCAAUGAUACAAAGGCAAUAUAGUCUUUACAUACAAAUCACACGUGGAUGCUGUUAGUAGGGCCUUUUUUUCUUGUUAAUGCCAUUGAAAUACGAAUAA